AUGAAACUAAGUUUAAUUCUGCUGCUGGUCUCAGGACUGGCCAUAGCAUUGGCAGAUCCCGCUAGGCCUCAAAGGGGUAUGAUACAUCAGAUUAACGCUGGUGUAGCGGGACCCAAUCCAUAUAUUUUCUUGACCGUGCCCCGAGGUCGUUCGCAAUCGUUGGUGCAAGGUUUCGAGGUCAUUGACAGUGACAACAACAAUGACGAUGAUGAUGCCGACGAUGAAGAGCCACUUAACCUGAAACAAAGGAAUUCCAAACAUACCAUCAAUGAUGAGCUAGACCAUGACGAAGAAGAAGACAUGGACAUGGCUAACAGCAUGGAGGAGCAAAUGGACGAAAAUGAGGACGAGGAUGCAGAUGAUAUGACAGUCGAUGUCAUGAAGGACUUCGCUAUGAGCGAUAAAUCCAAGAAGAACCAAAGACUAACAUCGUCGGUGAAGAAUGCCAAGACCACUCCCAUGAUGGUGUCCCGGGAAACUGCAGGAGCCAUCAUGGUGCCCGAUGAAAUCAUCGAAAUCGAAGGUCAAAGCGUGAUCGAUGAAAAGACCGGCAAACCUGCCCUACUGCUCCCACGCUCCGUUCUAGACUCUAUUCCCGAUGGCAGUGUGGUGGCUCUCAUGGAGCGUCCUGAUGAAGGGCGGUCCUCCGAAGAGGAGCGUGCGAAUCGUGUGGUAGUGCGCCGUCGUCGCAAGGGCUCCCGUCGCAAUGUGAAACGCCGCCGUGGUAAUGGCCGUCGUCGCAGACGCGGCAACAGGCGUCGCCCCAACAAGCGCGUUCGCGUUAUGCGCGUUGGAGGAAAUCGUCGUCGUGGCAAUCGCCGCCGCGUCGGUUACCAAGGUUAA